GUGACUGUGGAAAAGUGUCCCAUUAAUGAAGCCGCUCCGCUGCCGGCGCUGACAGCCGCGCAGGGAGCCGAACAGAGCAGAGCGGGACAUGCAGGAGGACAGGGCCGCCUAGCGCAGCGCAGCAGCGGCCACAGACAGCACGGAGCCCCGCUGCCUGCCGGAGGAGAACCGGAGGACCAUCCGCUGCUGGUCAUCCAACUUUCCCUGAACUUUAACUCAGUUUCCCUCCCAGGCCAGACGGAACCAUGCGAGUGGCUGUGCGUAAAGACGCAGUGAGGAGCUGAAAGUUUGGAGAGACUUGGACUGGAGUGAUUCGGGCCGUUCGGAACCAUGCCGCGGCCCGGCAGGAACACGUACAGCGACCAGAAGCCGCCCUACUCCUACAUCUCCCUGACGGCCAUGGCCAUCCAGAGCUGCCCGGACAAGAUGCUGCCGCUCAGCGACAUCUACAAGUUCAUCAUGGAGCGCUUCCCCUACUACCGGGAAAACACGCAGCGCUGGCAGAACUCCCUGCGCCACAACCUCUCCUUCAACGACUGCUUCAUCAAGAUCCCGCGCCGGCCGGACCAGCCCGGUAAGGGCAGCUUCUGGGCGCUGCACCCCAACUGUGGGGACAUGUUCGAGAACGGAAGCUUCCUGCGGCGCCGGAAGCGCUUCAAGGUGGGCGGCGUGCCGGUGCCGGACCCGUUGGGCCCCAGCAAGCCACAGGACGCCGCUCACUACCUGCAGCAGCAGGCCAAGCUGCGGCUCAGCGCGCUGCACGCCGCCGCGCAUCUCCCGCAGGUCCCUGCGGGGUACGGCCUGGGCUCCACGCAGCCGUCCAGCUUCAAGCACCCGUUCGCCAUCGAGAACAUCAUCGCCAGAGAGUACAAAGUUCCCGGCGGACUGGCCGCCUUCCCGGCCGCCGGCUACCCGCUGCAUAACCAGCUGAGCCCGGCCUGGCCGCACAUGUACGGCCCGGGCGUCAUGGACCCCGCGGCGCCCCUCACCGUGGCGCCCGCGGACUACUCGGCCUACGGCAUGCCGCUGAAGACGCUCUGCCACGGCGGACAGACUUUGCCCGCCAUCCCGGUGCCCAUCAAACCCGCACCCGGCCUGCCCGCACACAUCCCGGCCUUCCUGGCCCACUCCCCGCGCUCCCUGAGCCCGACGCCUCCGCAGACCGCCGCCGGCCAGAGCAGCCCGGCCGGGCCCGCGGAGCCGCUGCAGUCCGCGGUGGCGGUGCACUGAGCGCCGCGCAGGACCAGCUGCGGGUUCGUGUCUCUUAACCUCUGACCUUCCACGGAGCCCGGUUCGGAUCUGGAGGUUCGGUGGGUCCAGCAGAGACAUGGACCUGAAGGAAACUCAUGAGUGAAACCGAACGUUAUCAGAACUUCAGAGGAAAGUCCCGGGGGAAAUUUUUUUUUUUUUGUUCUUCAGUUUGUUUCUGAGAGAGAACAGUUCUACCGAGCGGAACCACGACGGAGAAGCACUUUGAAGGAAGAACCAGAGGCCUCAUUGUGUGUGUGUGUGUGUGUGUGUGUGUGUGUGUGUGUGUGUGUGUGUGUGUGUGUGUGUGUGUGUGUGUGUGUGUGUGUGUGCAUGCUGCUGCUAAAAAUGUUCCUGAGCAUCAAAAAGCAUGAAUCGACUGCAGCUCCUCUGUUUGCUUCAUUCUCUCCUUGUUGGUGGAAAAAUUUAAAAAACAUAUUUAAGAAAUGUUAAAUUUAUUUCUGGCUCUGUUUAAAAAAAUAAUUCCACAUUUUACUCGUUUUUUCUAAUUGUUGCAAAUGUUGAAAACCCACAACAAUCAUUUUAUUUUAAUUUCACUGCUUUUUACCCAGAAACAAAAUCAAUUUACUGACGUUCAUAUUCAGUUCAUAUUCAUAUUAACAGUUUGAAACUGAUACCGGACAGACAGAAGCUAAAAGUGAUUUUAUAUUGAAGAUAACUAAUAAUAAGUGUGUGUGUUUCAGGAGCAGCAGCUCACCUGUCCGCAGGUGAAGCUCCAGCAGCUUCUCGCUUCCCGUCGCUUUGAAUUCAAACUGUUUUCAUUCAGAUUCAGUUUCCGCUGAAAUUCUCUGUAAUUCAGAUGAAAGCAAAUUUUACUUGGUGCUUCUGGAGUUGCAGGUUCAGAGUAUUUCAUUUUUUACCGAUGAAGAAAGUCAGAAG